AUGUAUGCAGAUAUCUCCAAGCCUCCCGGUCCUCUUCCCCAAGCCAAGCCUCAAACGGUAACUGAAGGCAUUACACUUUUGUCUCCCUUGUCGAGGCUCGGACAGGGUCCCGGCCUUGUAAUUCUCCAUCCUGACUCAGACAAACACUUGGAAAUUAUUGAUGGCGUUCCUUCGGCGCUGAUCAAAUGGGCUGAAGAAGGGUAUGCUGUUGUUGAAGUACAGACGAAGGCUUUAAAAGGUGAUGCUGGCGAGGUUUUGAAGAAGGCAGUGCAAGCGUUGAGAAGUUGUGACGGGUUCGUGAAUGACAGCAAGAUUGGACUCAUUGCAUGUGAUCCACAACUGUGGAACAAACUUGCUCCUGUUAUUACCGACAACGAUAUAGCAGGCGCUAUAAUUUACGCCAAUCCAGGUGACUUGUCAACGCUACAAGAUGCCGCGGUCCCUACACUUAAGCAUAUUGCAUCACGCACCGAGAAGCUCCAGCGAAAUGGUGCAUCAUCAACAUAUUCCUAUCCGUCGGCUAAGUCUCACUUGGUAGCGGUCCCCUUCACCGAAGACUUUGACUACUCGACGGAGUCCGUCUCGCAUACAAGGAAUUUGACCUUUCUUAAGCCGUUGACGAACGGCCCAUAUUUUGAUCUCGAAGCUAUAUGGGAUGAGCAUACAUAUUAUGAGUUUGCAGAUCGGUCGGUUGAACAUACCAUGAGUACAAUGGUUGAUCAACCUUAUGUUAAUCACGUUCCCACUCUAACGGGCGGAGUUGGUCGCACGUCGUUGUCAAACUUUUAUCGAGAUAACUUCAUCUUCCAGAAUCCCGAUGACACAGAGCUUGAACUGAUCAGUCGCACUGUCGGUAUUGACCGAGUUAUUGAUGAGUUUCUUUAUAAGUUCACACAUAGCAAGCCUAUUGACUGGCUUCUUCCAGGCGUUCCACCAACCUCCAAGAAAGUGGAAGUUCCUUUCACAGCAGUGGUCAAUAUUCGCGGCGACCGAUUAUACCAUGAACAUAUCGCAUGGGAUCAAGGAACUGUUCUGGCCCAAAUCGGUUUGAUGCCACAAUAUUUACCAUUUCCUUACCCUGUUGACGGACAGAAGGAGGGUGCCAAGUACGAAUAUCGCGUUCCAGUGACGGGCAUUGAUACAGCGUUGAAAAUGAGGGAUCGGAACUCUGUGGCCUCAAACGAGAUGUUUGGGUACAAAGUUAGGGAGGUCUAA